CUUUCCUUCCAAAGCUGUGACAGGAAAAUGGCGACACGGCACAACGGAAGAUUGUCUUGCCAAUAAAAAGUUUUUGGAGAGUCCUGGCAAUGCCACAUGGAUGAAUGAACGAGGGUGAAAUAAUAUAACAACAACGAUACGACCAGACAAUGGCGUCGUUUCACCAGAUUGGGUGUGUGCUGGUGGUGGUGACUGCGGCCAUGACAGGAGCAGCCUGGGGUCAGAAUCCGAUUUUCUCUGGUCCGAACAACGAUCCUAUCAACCAGCAAGGCAGUGGAAACCUGUUUUAUUUUGACAGCAACAGCGACUGCAAUACGGGAAUCAGGAACAUCAACAACUUCAAGGCCACGAUAGAAGGUCAUGGAGGCGCGUCCCAGAGUCUUGGACCUUCCAGCUGCACCAUCAAGUUGAAGUCAGAAGGCCAAUUUGAAGGCACCAUUUUGAACAUUGAAGUGCGUUCAAUGGACAUUCGUGAUUGUACAACGCGCGUCGCUAUAUACGAUGGGGAUGGGGCUCAGCUGUUGUUGCAAUCGUACGACUGCCGCGACAAAGUGGGUUUGAAUCGAAGAACCAUGCAGACCACGGGCAACACAGCGACCUUCAUCAUGAAUAGAGAUAACAUUGAGCAGUGGAACUUUGAUGUGGAAAUCAUUGUCGAUCCUAUCAGAGGUGGUCUUGAGCCAGGCUUUGAAAACAACUACGGCACCGACUUCUAUUUUGACAAAUUCGAACAAGCGAUCAUCGUUGGGCUGAUCGGCGGCUUUUACCUCCUCAUACUUCUCAUCUGUGUCAUUGUGAUGGUGUGCUCCUUCCGCUCUUUCUACGGCAAAAACAAGGAAUGGGAGACGCAUCAGCUGGCGGUCAUGAAGACAGGUGCGGGCUUCGAUGGGCGGAGUCAGAUGUCGCAGCCGACAAAUGCCUGGUCCACAGACCUGACGCAGAGCCGCGGCCCAGCCAGCCAGUACUCGCGCGGACACACAAAGCCGUACGCGCGCAGCCAUGCUCCUGCCAGCGAGGAUGGUGAUAGUGGUGUGUUCCGAUAUGAUGACACUUUCCAGAGGCGUCGACUCAUGAAUGAAGAGAGGGACAGGUACAGAAACGGGCCUCCCACUUAUGCCUCCAGAAACGAUUCCUUCGUGGAGCCAGAGAGCCCGGACCAUUUCAAGGAGAAGGUCAUCACUCCUCGAGUCCGCCCCACGAACAAGAGACAGGGUCGUCCUCCUUCGUAUGAAGAAGCCAUCAGCGAUCACCCGUCGGACCAUUCGUCAGACGAGGAAGAGUCGAAUGCAGAGUCGAGUGAUGAUUCCGUCAGAAAGAAGCCGGUGUCUUCAGAGGAGGAAUCGGAGAGAUCAUCGAGAUCGGAGACAGAAUCAGAAGAGGAGAGCGAGGAGGAGGAGAGUAGCGAUGAUGACUCGCGGCGGGGUCGCGGGGCGAGGGCCGGGCGCAGGAAACCACGCAACGACAAACGUCAUCACAAGCUAAAGCCAAAGAAAACGUCUUCUCGAGAUUCCCGGGAUGGAGACGGCCCAUCUCGCCGUCACCCCGGCCCGUCUGCACAACCACCUCCCCCGAUGCACCCUAUGCAGGCCGGUCCCUACCCGGGCUACCCCCCAGGCCAGUUUGUGCCGGUUAUGGCCGGCCCACCUCAGUUCCAGACGGUUCCGAUGGUCCCCGCCUACCCUGCACCCCGCUACCCCGAGGAUGAGCCACGGGCUGCUCCCCGUGGGCCGGAUAUCCAACCCACAGACCCACCCGUGUACUCGUACCUGGUGCGUCGCGGCUACACGCCCAUGGAUCAGCACAACAGCUCCGCGGCCAGCAUGUCUGGUAGCCAGAGGUCGGGGGCUGACCGCGUCGAUGAACCGGACAUCAGGCUAGAGAGUGGCGUGGAGUACAUGAGGAGAUAAGGAAAGAGACACCGCCAACUUCUGAUAAAUGUCCAGUAUUUGUUGACCUGUGGAAGAGUUGUUAGAUUCCAAAACCCAGUCCCAUUCACCAACUUUUCAUGUCUUGCACCAAAAAAAAAA